GCGUCGGGGCGGGUGCGCCGAGUCCAAGGGCACCGGCGGUCAGUGGGCCCGGGAGGGGAGCUGGGGCCGAGCCCAGGCGGCGGGAGAGAGGGCGAGUCGGAUUCAGGAAGUUGUGUCUCUGACAUCAGGGGCAGGACGGAGUUGGAGUGAAACCUCAAAAAUGCGAGGCAUCGGCCCGAGGGAGGGCAGAGAACGCAGAGGGUGCCUUCCUCCAGGCCAGCGGCAGGUACGCGCGGCGCCCGGCCCCCGCUGAGCCCCCGACUCGGCACCUGGCUCCACGCGGGGGAGGGGCGGGGGGGGCGGGCUUCCGCACCCGGACCUUCACCUCACCCGGGACUGUCGCUGUCAGACGGGCCGCGCGCGCGGGAGACCCCUGAGCCACCGCGCCUGCGGGAAGCCCUCCGGUGGACUGAAAGAUGCCAACCCCAAUCACACCUUCCUUCAAGCCUUGCCUGGAUCUCUCAUGGAAUUAACAGCUUCCUCCUUGUAGCUCCCUCCAUAACCACUUGUUUGCCUUUCCCUUCGGACACUUAACUAGUCCUGCUUCGUGGUUCUUCUUCUGUGCUCCUCCAUUUCGCCAACAAAAAAAUAAAUUCCUGGAGUUCACGGUCUACAUCUUUAGUUCAGCUUGGAAUUCCUUCUCCAGGAAGUUAGCAGGUUUCUGCUUCUUAGGAGGCAGCAUUACCUGGAAAAGCCUAGAAAGGAGAGAAGGUCUUCAUGGACAGGGUGGCUACUGAACAUACAUGCAUUGAAUUGAAUUGUCUGCUGCCCUCCUGCAGAGAGUGGAGAUGGUGGUUCUUGGCCCCAAUUGUGUCAACAACGCAGGCUCGGGGAAGGAAGGAAAGAGCUAGCAAGGGGAGUCACUCCCUCUAGGAAGAAACAGGGAGAGCCUUUUGCAGUAAUAAAAGUGAUGUACGUAGUGAGUGCUACACACACGCAUACUCUACUCAAUCGGCUUGGUAACCAGAAAUUACCCAAAUGAAAUGAUACCAAUUUAUGAACACCAAAGUGUGUCAGAAAGACACCUAACCAGGGCAUUUCAAGAACACGGUGGUAGGUCACGACUUUCAAUAUGGCACCCUGUGAGGUCAAGUGCAAUCUCCAUCUGGGCCCAAAGAUCUUUGGAAGCAAGCUCUCACUGCUGUCAUCUCAGUUUCUUGGCACUGAUAGCCCAGCUAGAGAUUCAGAAAUAGCCAGUCACCAAAAGAGGCCUGCAGAGUCUGCCAAUACUCUGGAAUGCCCAGGAGCAUCUGAUACGUAAGCACACUCUGAGCUCAGGUUGAAAGCGUUCUCCAGACCCAGACUAUGGAAAAUCCAGUUGGUGGAUUUUCUUCCAAGUAUCUUCUUCCAUCUGACCACAGUGUUGUGUGUGAACCCAGAAAACAGCAUGGCAGAGAGGAACACGCCCUGGAUAUUUGGGGGAAGAAGAAUUACCACAUCAUCUUUAAUCAUCUAUGAGACCUUGGGUGUUUAACUUCAAGAUGGAGAAACUGAGGCCCAAAGUGAGUGAAUUACCUCCCAAGGAUGCACACUGAGUCACAGGGAUGCAGAUGAAAACCCAUGCAGACAGGAAGUGAGGGUCCAUCUUCCAGAAGCAUGAACUCCUGCACACCCCACCCUCCGGAGCGUGUGGCCCAAAGCCUGGCGAGUCUGAAAUAUUCCACAUUGUGCAUUCCGCAGGGCUGCUAACAUUGGCAUGCCCAAACCCAAAGCUGGAAGAGGAAAAACUUACAAGUGGACAAGGCUGCGUCCUCUUGAGCCCAGGACUUGCUAGUGAGCUGAGAGUUUCCUUUGGCCCCAGUCUAGCCAAGCACCAUGGAGAAAAUCAGCUCCUUCUUCAGUCUCAUUUGGGAUACCAUCUUGACCAAACACCAAGAGGGCCUCUUCAACACCAUCUGCCUGGGCAUCCUUCUGGGGCUGCCACUGCUAGUGGUCAUCACGUUCCUCUUCAUCUGUUGUCAUUGCUGCUGGAGCCGGCCAGGCAAGAAUGGCCAACAGCCAGAGCGAAACAAGGGGAAGAAGAGGAAGAAGAAGAAGAAGGCUGAAGAAGACCUCUGGAUCUCUGCUCAGCCCAAGCUUCUCCAGAUGGAAAAGAGGCCAUCACUGCCUGUCUAGUUAGGCAGGAAGCAUAGGCGUCCUUUUUCGGGGGCUAAGCCACCUUCUAAGUACACACAGGCUAGAGAGCAGCAAUCCCUAAAGUGACGCGCUCAUGUCCACAGAGGAACUAACCAAGGGACAAACCUCAGGCUGGAUGCCCCACCGGAGGACAGCCCGGGAAGAACACGGACAAUUCUUGGGUACUGUCUUGGCAGCUAUGUGUCCAAUAGCAGUGCUCUUUGCCACAGACUCAGGCAUGCCUUCCACCUAUCUCUAGCAAGCUCCAUAUGCAAAAGCACAAAGAAUGUUUGUCCAUACAUCUUGACAUGUCUCCCAAAUGUGCACACAUGCACACACACACACACACACAUUCAGGCAACAGGUACCUGGGCAAAUAUAUUCUGUUCAUCAAAUAUCCAUUGAAUAUCUACUUUGUGCAAGUACAUUAUCUGCUCUCCCAAAAAUGUCUCAUAGGAAGGCCUGGCCAGAUUCUAGCACACAUGCACAAUUAUAUAACCAGGCAAGGUACCUCUGCACUGUCUACCCAUCUACCACUCAGGUUAGAGAUAUGUGCUUUCUUGUUCCUAUUCCUCCAUAACGUUUUACUGGAAAUCCUCAUAUUUGGACAUUCCAGCAACCUGGUACAGUUCCCAUCCCUGUGUAUUGAUACAGACACACAAAGUUCCCAUGUUUCUCAUCUGGGAGGCAAAGCUUAAAGUGAGAAGGAUCAAAAUUCAUUGAAAGCACCAUCUUGCAACUCAUGACAAGGUUCCCAUUUCCACUGAUAGGUAUCUAAUGUUGUCUAAGACCUCUCUUUGAGAUGCUACCCCCAGAACCACUCAACAAGGUGCCCUUAUCCAAACACAAACAGCUCUUGGAAGUGACUUCUAGAAUUCUCUGGAAACCAGGCAUACUCCAUCCACUUCAGUGAACUGCAGCUGUGGACCUGGGCAGUGUCUGUUUUACAGAUAGGAAAGGGAUGUUACACCCGAGCUAGGGAUCUCCUGUGUAACCAAAGCUUUUCAGCAGGGAAGGAAUUAAGAAAAUUUCUGGUACAGUCUCCCAGAAGGCCCACUGGAAACACUUUCAUAAGGUUGUAAUAAAUGCAUGGUAUGCUGCAGAUGGGAUACAGAAGUUAUAGAGUGUAAAUGAAAGUAGAAGAAAGCUAUAUAGAGGUUUAGUCAUAUUUAUCUCAAAGCUCAGGCAAGUGCCUUGCACACAGUAGAUACUUAGAACUGUCUGUGGUUGCUGUUGGAUAUGCAAUGAUGUUAAGGGUAAAUGUGUGAUACCUCGCUGAUCCCCCCAAGUGACCUUCUUUUCUGAGACCACUAAUUGUUGCAAAGGAUGGAAGGUGGGCAUUGAAUGCUCCCCAGAGGCUGCAUGCAGAACCAACAGUCAGGUUGACGUGGAUGCCCUGAGACCCAUGAUGACAGGUAGACUAGAUCCACAGGGAGUUGAGGAGAGUGUCUGUCUCCCCAGCAGGCUGAGGUUGGGAGGCUGAGUUAAUCCAUUUACAUGACAAACUGGUUGGUAUUCUGAUUGUAUUGUGACCGUAUUACAAAGAUGGAGACUUCCCAAAUUGAGAGCGGGUUGUGCUCUGAAAGGUCACUUGCAAAUCUGCUGGGUAGCUCUCUUGAAAUAUUUCCCCACAAAAGCUGUUCUAAAUGGCAGUAAAAUUGCAAUUUAAUUAACAAUGUAGCUAAACUUUGAUAGCUGUUCUGCAAGAUUGUGUUCAUGGACAAAUGUACGCGCUGUUCGCUCUGCUAGGCUGCCUGGUGUUUACGUGCCCUGCAGGUAGACUCCAGGCUUGAGGAGGGCAGGCGUCUGGUGGUGACCGUUGCACCAAGGUCUUCUAAUGGGCCGCCCUGUGGGUCAUAAUUCAGGCCUUCAUGUAUUUUAGAACCAGUCACACCCACCUUCUCAUACCAAGGGGCCCCAAAUGCCCUGGGCACUCAGACCCCCUACUCCUUAACCCCUUUGAGCAGAGAAAGAAGCACUCUCUGCUUCUCUGUCCCCCCUGUACAUGGACAGCCUGUCAGGGAGCAUCUAGCUGUCCCCUUCCCAUCACAGGAUGACCGCUCAUCACCCCACACCAAAUGCACGUGCCUCCCCGCGUCGGCCACUGCCCACUGGGACCGGCUGCCCUUCCUGCCUCCAAUUCUCAAGCCCCCUAAGAUGGAUGACUUAGGGAGACGCAGAGCUGACGGCUGAGGCUGGGUGUCAGAUGUGAUCUAGGAGAGAGGAUCCCUCAGAUCAGGGACCACACAAGUAACACGGUUGUCAUGGCAACUGGCUGCUAGUUUGAAUUAAGACCGCAGUUGGUUGUCAUUGCCAUGACAAGGCCUCUGUCUCCAGGGGCACCGCCCUGCUGUCUCCUAAUCAAAUGGACUUGAACUACCUCCAGGCGCGAAACACCCAGAAACCCACUUCUCUGUUGCUUCCAUAGCCUAGGACUCAGGAGACCCAGAUGCUGAGUGAGGCUUAUGUUUUCUCCUCCCCAGCCUCCCCUGACAACCUCCACCAGGGUCCCUCCAACACUGCCCGGGGUGCCCUUGGCCCCCAAACUUCUGUUGAAUACCUGGGUCUGUGCGAGGGGCCCAAGGCAAUCAUCAGAGCCAUUCCCUGUCAUCCCCACUCAUCCUCAUCUUUCUGCCCUGUUUUAUCUUCUAUUAUUCCUGUUCCUCCCAGCACCACCAUCCCAGGUCCAGCCCUUUCUUUAUUCCUCUUCGCUUUUACUCCUUCUCCCCAGCCUCUACCCCAGAACUGCCACCGGCAGCCAAGGGUGCCUCGGGACCCGAGACUGCUUGGCCCAUCUUGGAGAGUUUAAGCUAAUGGAGGCAAGAAGACUGAUAAAGAACAGGUUUCCUAAACCAGCACAGGCUUGGGGAGGAGCCCCCAGGCUGAGAUCGGAACAGCUCCUGCCAAACUCGGCCACCACCGUCAGAGGAGGCCUUCUCCCCUCUGUUCAAUGUAUUUGCCUUUUUAUUUCUUGGAGGAGGGGAAAAUGUAGAAAAAGGGCAGUCACCUUUUGGAAAAGAGUAUAAAUGGUCCAAGCUGUAUAGUAUUUGUCAGUAUUUUUUUUUUCUGGAAAAUUCAAACACAUGCAAAAGAAAAAUUUAUUUAAAUAAAAGACUUUGAA